AUGAAUUUUACUUCGAGUCGGUCUCAAUCGCCGGUUUCAAGUGAAAGUGAUCCUGCCGUUGGCCCUUGUCCCUUCCUCAUUCAGGUCUAUCAUCAAUUUCAUACUAGAAAUCACAUUUUAGAUGUAUUAGAAGAUGUCGUACCCUCAAUUGAAAUUUAUGGAUGGAUAAAUAUGAGUUUAUACGAGCUGGCGGUUUUCAUCGCUGAAAAAACGUUGUUUCAGCAAGAUGAUACUAAACAUCCAGAGUGGAUGCUUCAGUUUCGCUUCGUUUUCCAUGACCAAAUUAAAGGAAGACCCUCCUCAAGAGAGAUGGGAACAGUAUGUUUGCACAAUCCAAAGCUAUUUCAAGGAAGCAAGCUGCUGAAGGUGACUGGAAUGAAAUGUGGAGAUCGUGUUGAUGUUUGUAUCAAGCCAAACAAAAUACGUCUCCGAAAAUGA